AUGGCUUCUCAACUAUCCCCGCUUUACUUUGCUCUUGUACUUCUAUUUAACUUGUACAUUACUGAGACUGAUGGUGAAAUGGUCAUGGAGGUCCCUUCUGCGCCUGUUAUCACCUCAAUUGUUCCAACAAUUGGUAGUGUGUCGGGUGGUACACUUCUGUACAUCUAUGGGUCUGGCUUCUCAGCUGACCAGUACAUGGGGGGCAACGCGGUCUUCAUAGAAGAUACGCCAUGCGAUGUCAUCUCCUAUUACUCCAACACACAGCAGGUCGUCUGCCGCACGCGCGCCCAAGUACCCAUCAGCGCGCCCUCUCCAGUGACCAUCAUUGUGGACGGACUCCCGGCCAGAAGCACCACUUUCUGCUGCUUCCAGUACAGACCGGAGGCCACCCCGGUUGUUUCUGAGGUGUCCCCGGUUGCUGGGCCGGUGGGCACGCGGCUAACGCUGUCAGGGACCUAUUUUAGCGCCUUGGUGGAUGAGUUUGAGAAGAUCACGGUAGGGGACUCGCUGUGCAGCAUGGAUACGGCGAAUGCGGACAGUUUCGGCCCCUACCAGGUUAGCUGCUCCCUCGCUCCGUUUAGCCAGCCGGCCGCGUCGCAAAAUGUGACGCUCUCGAUUCUACGCCCGGGGUGGAUCAACGGCUACGCCAAGCCGGACCGUCAGACGUACUACGUGGACCCGCUCGAACGUCCGUACAACUUCCAGCUUCACCCAGACGUUUUGUCCGUCACUCCGUCGUCUGGGGGCCUUGCCGGAGGGGUUAACGUAACCAUCACCGGAACCGGUUUCAGCCUCGACCCGUCUCUCAACAAAGUAAUUGUGGGGGGGACCGCAUGCGUCGUACAAACGAGUUCAAGCACGGAGAUCGUCUGCUUAACGGGGCCAUCGAAGGCUGCGCCGGCAUUCCAGAGCGGUCAGCUGUUCCCCGGUGCGCGCGGCGCGGUCUGGGAGUACUGGCUCGGUGUGAAUAAGACCCAGGCCGGGAUGAACGCGCUCACCCAGAAGCCUGCUUACGUCAGCGGGAUCCCCGACGGCGACCAGCUGAUGACGGGGCUCAUGGAGGCGCCCACCACGCAGAUGGGAAAUUACGGCCAGAGGCUUCGAGCAUUCUUCCUUCCGCCGCGGUCCACGUACUACCAGUUCUACUUCGCUUCGGACGUCCUGGGCGAGCUCUGGCUCAGCACUGCGGACGGCAACGCGUCCGCCGUGACAAAGAUUGCCUCCCUCUCCUAUCCCACCAACCGCCGCAACUGGGGCGGCCCCGUCAUGGCGCCCGUCUUUCUGAACGCGAGCGCGCGCUACUUUCUGGAGGCGCGCGGCAUCGCGGGCGCGUCUGCAAACAGCCUGUCCGUCGGCGUCCGCGUCUCAAGCGACCGGCCACGGCCCGGCAGCAUUUUGGAAAUACAGCACAUCUACACGUCAGUCCAGCAAUACGGCGAGAUCCAGACGCUCAGCCUUUCCUCCUUACCCCCGGUCGCGGAGACCCAGUCCAUCGCUCUCAGCAACAAACUCUCCCUCCUACUAAACGCCUCCGCCCUGGGUUACGCCCCUGACACCGUCGGGUUUACGCUAACCCUCAAAGCCUCCCAAACCCCGGCGCUCGCGCUCGAUGCGACCGCGGCCGAGGUCGGCACCGCGCUCGAGGCGCUGCCAGGUGUCAACUCGUCCGUGAACGUGACCGUACGGCACGAUCCGUACGGGGCCGUCCGCACUUGGGACGUAACGUUUGCGGGCAUGCCUGGCGUGGCCGUUACGCCGCUGGCCGUCACAAUCGUGCUCGGGGCGUCUUUCGCCGGGCGGUCCCCGAGUGAUGACGACGGCAACUUUUACGGCAUAGAAUACGGCGAUCUGUUCGCGGGCGCCAGCGAGGCGGCCGGGUUCCGGAGCGCGCGCGCGACGGACGAGCUGGGGUUUGCAGGUUUAAGCAGCCUGCAGUACGCCGAUCUGGAUCGCACGGGCGGCUUUGGAUUUGAGGCCCUCGAGCAAGACCCGGCUGACCUGUUCCGGUUAGCAGGGUUCAGCGAGGGUUUGGAAGGGGGUUUAGGGGUUUCGGACGUUCGAGCCGAAGUGCGGCCGCGACGAUUGGCCGACGCAACGCCCUUCCUGAGCGCCGCGGGCUACUUCACGGUUAGCGAGAAGGUUAAGGGGAAGGGCACGCUCGGCGGCUUCUUCACACUCUCAAUGAAUGGGUCGGACGUUACCAGCAAGUUCCUGAGUGUAAAUGCGUCCGUGUCGGACAUCCAAGCGGCGAUCAUCGCGUCCGCACAACCAGUUCUAGGAAAAGCCAGCGCUUCAAUCACCGUAACCCGGUCCUUAACCACGGCUUUAUCCACCCAGUGGAACGUCAGUUUUCCGUUCCAAACCUCUCCAGUUCCGCUGCUAACUGUCGACUCAACCUACCUCUCCGGGAACGGCGCUUCCGGCGGAGCGUUCCGCUCGAGGCCCGGUUCCGGCCCGCUGGGCGGGGCGUUCGGCGUCGGCUUCGGAAACGGCACCGUUACCACCUUCCGAGCGUUACCGGUUAUUUCCGACGGCGUCCAAGCCCGGGAGAUCCUCGAAAGCUUGCCGGCAAUCAAACCGGGCGACGUCGACGUUUCCGUGGAUUGGUCACCUAACGCCUACUAUGGCUACGGCUGGCGCAUUACGUUCCAAGGAAACCUCGCGGGUCAGCAGCCGUUGUUAGUGGUUAACUCGAGCCGGUUAACGGGCCCCGGGGCGAGUGCCCGGGUGGUCGAGGAGCAGCAGGGGUCGUUCGACCAGUGGAUGAGGCCGAUCCCCGGGGACUACCUCCGGGAGCCCGUUCCGGUUCCGCAGAGCGUGUCCGUUUCCGUUGACGGCAUCAUCGGAAGCUGCAGCGACCCCGCCUACUGCGCCUUCACCUACUCGGUCGCCCUCACGCCCAACAUCUCGUCCGUCUCUCCAACUAACGGCACAAUCGGCGAUACAAUUACCAUAAGCGGGCAGGGCUUCUCUCCGCUCCCGUCAAACAACACGGUUCUCGUUGGGGGAGUGCGCGCGCAAGUUACUUCCAGUUCGGGGGCUCAGAUCCAGGCCAAGUUAGCCCCCGGCGGCGCUGCAGGCUGGACACGCGUCGUCGUGAUAGUGGACGGGAAGGGGUACGCAGCGGAUUCCGCUGCCGGCGUGUCAACGUUCCGGCUCCGGAUUCUGCAGCUCGCCAGCUUCUGGCCGCCCACGGUUUCGACUCAGGGGGGCACCCUCGUAACUCUCACCGGGUCUGGCUUCGACCCCCUAAAUGUGACCAGGAACGCUGUCACCAUUUGCGGUGCCACGUGUCCCCUGGUUAACGUAACCACGUCGUCCCAAACCCUGACCUGCGUCGCGCCAAGGGCAGCCGCGGGCCAGUGCAGCGUUCUUGUCUCGGUGGACCUGGGUUCCGGCCAAACGGAUUCCGUCUCCCUGAGCGGAAUGACGUACGUAAGCACCGGCGUCCCUAGCGUAGAAUCAGUGAACCCAGCACGGAUUGCCGCCACCGGCGGCGGACUGAUUCUUAUCCAGGGUCAAGACUUGGCAGGAUCGGUAGUAACGCUGAGAGACUUGGCUUUCGGCAGAGUGGCGGACUGCGGAAUUGUCAGCGCGAACGGAACGCAGGUGACGUGUAAGGCGCAGGGUGCAGCGGCAGGGGCGUACCGAGUGCUUGUGACGUCAGCGGGAAACGUGACGGCGAUCUCGGGCAGUACCGUAGAGGUGGCUCUUGAGAUCACCAGCGUCAUUCCGUCCGCCGGAACCCUGGCCGGCGGUUCCGUCCUCACCAUCACCGGAUUCGGCUUCCCGGUCACCAACGUCAGCACUUCCGUCACGGUCGUCACAAUCCAAGUCCCCUUCAGCACUACCUUCCCGAACGGCGUCAUUCUGUGUGACGUGGCGACCUCUGAUUUGACGCAAGUCACGUGCGUGACGAGGGCGCACUGCGCCGCGGACGCGAACGCGGACGACCCGACCGGAACGGACUGUAACUUUAGGGAGAGCUUGCGGGGCAGCGUUACGGUCAGCGUGUGUCCGGAGGGAGCGGAUGCGGACACGUGCUGGGCGGACGUCCGGACGCCGCAGAGCAUUUGCAAGCAAGGAGGAAACUGCACCUUCUCUUAUUCGGCAGCCGAGUCUCCUGUGAUCACGCGCGUCUUUCCCCGCACCGGAACGAUUUCCGGCAGCAUCACUGUCACCGGAACCGGAAUCACCAACGACACAACGGUCGCCGUCGGAGGCCUUGUUUGCAACACGACCACGGUCUCUUACGUCGAUUCCAACGGCUACCCGAGCGCCAGCCCCGACCCACAAGGCCUCGUUUUCAUCACCUGCCGAGUGCCCGGUUUGCCAGUCGGUAAAUAUCCGGUGUCAGCAAAGGUCCCCGGAAUCGGAUUCGCAGUGGGGAUGUUCACUUACACUUACGCGGCGAACGUUUCCGCGGCCGGGCCGCUUUCCGGGUCGCUCGAAGGCGGCCAGGUGCUAACCCUCCAAGGAAUCGGGUUUAACGACACUAACCCGGAGGAAAAUCGGGUGUUCCUGGGGCCGUUAUCGUGCGCGGUCACAACCGUCACCGCGUCCGAAAUCCAGUGCGUCGCGCCGCAAAUGCUCGGGCUCGUCGCGCAGUAUUUCUACUACGGCGUCCCCAUGGGCCAGGGUGUGCCCAGUCUAGUUUCUCGGACGCCGGACGUUGUCCGAACGGAAAGCGUCAUAAGCUAUGCGGGCGGGUAUGCGGCCUGGCCGGGCCUCGACUUGCGCUUCGCGAUGCGCUUCGCCGCGAGGUUUGCGGGGUUCAUCGCCGUGCCGACGACCGGCAACUAUACGUUCUUCCUGACGUCAGACGACGGGUCGCUGCUCUACCUAAACGAGGUCCUGGUUGUGAACAACGACUUCAACCACGGAAUGCUAGAGGUUCCCGGCUCCGCGUAUCUUUACGCUGGGGACUACGUACCUUUUAGAGUGGACUACUUCCAGGGCGACGGCGGACUGGGUCUAGAAUUGAGGUGGCAGGGCCCCGGGAUAAGCAAGCAGAUCGUUCCGGCGUCCGCUUACGUCAUCGUUCCACCAGAAACUCCUGUCGGCAUCGAAGUCCAAGUAAACGGCUUGCCGGCGACUGUAAACGGAUACUCCUUCACUUACUCUGCGGCUGCAACGCCCCUGGUGACGUCAGUCUCCCCCGUUAACCUAAACGGGUCAGCCAACAUAACCCUAACCGGGCAGAACCUGCAGAACGCCAACGCUUUCGCCAACGUCACCGUUCUGAUCGGGGGCCCUAAGAGCUUAGCGCAGGCCACGUGUCAAAUCCUCGCAUGGAAUACGUCAGCAAUCACGUGCACCGCCCCGGUUCUCCCGGCCGGGUCCUAUCCGAUCCAGGUUAACGUUGACGGGAUGGGUUACGCUUCUGGUUUACGCGGACUGACUCUGAGCUACGCUCUGGCAGUGACGUCAGUCAGCCCGGCGAACGGUUCGGUGUACGGAGGCACGGUCCUAACCGUGCAGGGUUUGGGUUUCAGCGCAAACUCGGGCGAUUACCUGGUGUCUAUCGGCGGGUUAAGCUGCAAAGUACUCUCUAGCUCUGCCCAGCAGUUGCGGUGCGUCACUCAGCCGGGAAGCGCGCAGCAACUUAAUUGCAAGUUACAAAUCGGGUUAACGUCAACCGUACUUCCUAAGGCGUUCAGCUAUCUCACGAGCUUGACUCCGGCAGUCAGUUCCGUUAACCCUGCCCAAAUCCCCCCUGCCACGAGCACCCUGGUUACCUUGACCGGUACCCUGUUUACCCAAACCAACGCGGUUAGCGAUCUGUCAAACUUCUCGGACGUUACGUCCGUGCUCAUUGGACAGGCGCCCUGUCCGCUGACCUUUGCAAACGGAACGGCUGCCACGUGUAAUGCUCCGGCGCUGCCAGCUGGCACGUACCCCGUGUUCGUCAAUUCCGUCGGGUUAGGGCUCUCGAGCGGGACCCCGACCCUAAGCGUUCCCCUAACCGUAACCAGCGUCCAGCCCACGAAAGGAGGGUUAGCAGGCGGGUUAGUAAUGACCAUCAGCGGAACCGGCUUCUCGUCGAAUAUUACGGACUACAGCAUAGUGAUUGGAGGAGCCCGGUGCUUGGUGUUAACCAGUUCGGUAACUGGGGUUAGUUGCCUAACCGGGGCGGCCGCAGCCGGCAUGCGGCCAAUCCAGGUUUCCAUGGGUGCGUACUACUUCAACAACACCGCUUUUGGCGCAUUCGAGUACCGCCUGGAUCUGACGCCGCAGCUGGCGGCCGUGAGCCCCACCAGAGGAUCAACGGCCGGCGGCACACUCGUGACCCUCUCCGGCUCCGGCUUCGGCGCCGCCCCGUCCAACGUCACAGUCACCAUCGCUGACGUCACGUGCGCCGUGCAAGCGUCCGGUUUUUCGGACGCCCAAUUCACGUGCCUCACCGGCGCCCAUAACCUUAGCUCCGCCGGACCGUUGACCGUCUUUGUCAACGGAAAAGGUUUCGCCGCGGUUGGAGGUGCCAAUUCUAGCCAGACGACCGUUACGUAUCAGUACGUCGAUCUCUGGAGUAGAAACAGUACUUGGGGUGGUACGGCUCCCCCGGUGGCUGGGGACUCGGUUCUACUUCCGGCGGGACAGACGGUUCUGCUAGACGUCUCUCCCCCGCUGCUGAACCUGCUGAUCGUAGAGGGAUCCCUCUUGUUCGACGACAGUUCCCCAGACGAAGUCCAUUUAAGCGCCAGUUAUAUCAUGGUUAGAGGCGGAAAAGUGCAAAUUGGAACCGAGGCGAAACCGUUUGCGGGGAGGGCGAGGAUAACCCUGCGCUGUCACCGGAACUGCCCGGAAAUUCCGGUGUACGGCGCUAAGGUUCUUGGAAACCGGCACGGAACUCUAGAGAUCCACGGGCAGCCGAAAAGCCCGCCGUGGACGCGGUUAGCGGUAACCGCCCUGCGAGGCACUAACCAGCUAGUCCUGCAAGAGCCCACAAACUGGCGGGUUAACGACACGAUUAUGGUAACCUCCUCGUCGUUUGACGCCAGGGACGCCGAAACCGCGGUGGUAACUGCCGUCGCAAACAACGGUUCCGUGCUAACCCUGGACCGGCGUUUGGCUAACCAGCACAAUGGCGAGUACCGGGUUUUCGACGGGCACGUCGUGGACAUGCGGGCCGAGGUAGCCGUUCUCAGCCGCAACGUGGUGUUCGAGGGAGCGAAUAACCCGGAAGAUGGGCCCUGGGAAAUGAACAUGUACGGCGCACAUAUCAUGGUGCACAGUCCGGGGGACGAUUCUGCGGUGGCGCGGCUCGCGAACGUGGAGGUUCGGAACGCGGGCCAAGCGUUCCGCCUGGGGCGCUACCCGAUCCACUUCCACAUGAUUGGCCGCGUGACGCAAUCGUACGUCCGCAACUGCUCGGUUCACGACACGUUCAACCGGGCAAUCGCGAUCCACGGCGUGAACAACCUGGAGGUCUCCAACAACGUGGCGUUCAACAACAUGGGCCACGCCUUCUUCAUCGAGGACGGCAUCGAGCAGAACAACGCGAUCUUCGGCAACCUGGGCGCGUUGACGCGCAAAUCGUUCUCGCUGCUCCAGACGGACACAACGCCCGCCACCUUCUGGGUCACAAACCCCAACAACUUCCUCGUCGGCAACACCGCGGCCGGCUCCGAGGGCUACGGCUACUGGUACAAUCCCGAGGACCACCCGACCGGCCCGUCCUACACUACCAAUGUUUGCCCCAAGCGCACUCCCCUCGGAGCGUUUCGCGACAACACCGCGCACAGCAACAACAAAUACGGCCUGCGGAUCUUCCCUGAGUACUACCCCCUCACGCAGCCCUGCAACUACUACAGUCCCCCGGCGACGGCGGUCUUCCAAAACUUCACGUCGUAUUCCAACGGCAUGAAGGGCUCGAUCGCGACGCAAGUGGGCGUUCUCUACUUUGAGGACUUCAAACUCGUCGACAACGGAGGCGGGCCGGAGGCUAGCAUCGUGGCCGGAAAGGAUCACGCGGGCGGAAUUGAAAUAGCCCAAGUCUGGUCCGUACCGUCCAACCCCGCCCGUAUCAACCGGGCACUCAUCGUCGCCAAGAGCGACCCAAACGCGGCCUGGCCAAGUGGCCGGGACCUCCGCGGGGUGCUGACGCAAACCGUCAGCAGCGCUCUCCGUGUCAAUAACGUCACUUUCGUCAACUUUAAGUACAAUAACACGUACGCUUUGGAGCCCUGCGCCAAGUGCAAAUUCCAGCAGGGCGGCUGGUCGACCUACUUCUCGUCGCUCCGCUUCGUGAAUUCCCCCAACCUAGUUCGUUGGCUGUACGUGCACGAGGGCGUGUUCGUGGACACGGACGGCUCCCUCACCGGCGCCGCGGACGCGUCCAUGGUUGCGGACGACGGACUGCUGGACCCGUCCGAAUGCGGACGGCUGCCGGGGGUCGUUGGUGGGCAGGUUGCGGACCCGUCCGAUUGGCGGACGGCUGGGGGGUCGUCGGAGGCCAGGCGGAUGGGGCAAGAAGCCGAAAGGCCGGCCAGUUUCGCUGUGAAAGGAAGGGAUGCGUUUCUUUUCCCCGACGUGUUGGAGCAUUGCCAGUAUUUCCGGACGACGAAGUGCGGGAGCGUUCCGUGCGCCUUUGCUCAGACAGUCACAGACCUGAUUCCAUUCAAACUCCCGCCGGGGGGGCGCACGGAGCUGCUUCCGGGGGUUAGCGGAAACGCAGUUACGAGAGCCCAGACGCCGGGCGUCUUCAGAGGCUCUCUGUCUUCCUUGAGCCUUCGGUACAAUCAAACCCAGUCAUGUGCAGUUAUCCAGGCAACCGCUCACACGCAUUCUUCCGUUUCCGCCCAGGUCUGCGCUCCCGGUCUGGUAUUCCGCCGGAUCGCGCUGAACCGCCAUACCCCGGACCAGGGCACCAACUCGAUCUUCUACGCGCCGCUCCUGGUCAGCGGAAUCAACGCUACCAGCGGAACCAAUGGAACCAGCGGAACCAGCCGCGUGCCUUUCUCCAAGGAGAAUAACAUAGGGUAUCAGUUCGCGGCCAUAAGCGGCCGGGACUAUAGGGUAUCGUGGGACCUGCCGUACCGGGUGGAUCCGUCUGGAUUCCAGCUGCACCCGGAAACCGCGCGCGCGGCGGACUGGGUGUUUCUGCACUCCAAGCAGAUGGUUACUCCCGACCACUUUUACGUGCAAGCUCUCCCCGGAAGCGCAAACGUCCCUGCACUCGACCGCCCCCCGCUGCCCCUCAGUGCGGACCCCCACGGGUCGCAUUACUUCAACAAGACCGUGCAUUACAUAACCAAUGACACCACGCACACAAUCCUGCUGGUUGGUAAUACGAGCACCGACCUACAGAUGAACAGGUACAUGUGUCCUGACGCCGGCUGUCCUCUCCCGCGCCGCCUGGCGGACUACCGGAACGGAACGCUCUUCUGGUCGGACCCGCUCACGUGGGGCAACGGCACCGCCCCGGGCACUCCCCCGGCUGACGGAGAUGACGUCACCGUCCCGCUCGGGUGGUUCUUGGUGCUGGACGUCGAUUCGCCCCGGCUCAAGUCGCUGACGAUCGAGGGGACCAUGGUGUUUGCGCCGCUGGACCUGAAGCUGACGUCAGGGUCUAUCUUCAUUAACGGCGGCGAGCUUCUCAUCGGCAACAGCACGAACCCCUACACAAACUCCGCCGUCAUCACUCUCACCGGCGACCGUUUCUCCCCGGAGCUCGCCUUCACGGACGCCCUCAAUUUUGGCGCCAAAAGCAUCGCCGUCCUCGGAACGUUUUCCGUACACGGCGCCCCGCGCGCGCGCACUUGGACCAAGCUCGCGCGGUCGAUUCAACCGGGGGACACUCAGAUAGUCCUCGCUAACCCAGUAGACUGGUUAGUGGGUGACCAGAUUGUCUUAACCCCGACUCGAUGGGACCCGGCAGAAGCCGAAGUCUUGACGGUUAACGGCGUGGUUAACGGAGGGUUAACGGUGCUCCUGCAAACCCGCGCGCGGUACCCACACUUCGGGGACCUGGUACCGUUGGUAAACGGUACGCGUCAGCUUGACGUCAGAGGAGAGGUGGGCCUGCUGACGCACAAUGUCGUCAUCCAAGGGGAGGUGCCGCCCCCAGAACUAGAUGCGCCGGAAAAUAACCGGUUUGGUUGCCGAGUGGUCGUGAGCGCCUAUGCCGGAUACAACGGGACCCUGCAGUUGGAGAACGUGGAGUUCCGUCACUGCGGCCAGGCCGGACUCGACCGGAACGUCAUCGACUUCCUUUACGCGGGUGACGUCACAGGCUCGUACGUCCGGACGUCGAGCAUGCGCGACAGUUUCAACAACGCGCUCAAUAUCCGCGGAACCAACGGUUUCGAAUUCCGCAGCAACGUCGUCUACUACAACUUCGACAGCAGCAGCGUCGUGCUGCUCUCCGGAUCCAACAACACGAUCGCCCGCAACCUCGCUCUCGGCAACACUAAGGUCAUGAAAUCCCCGCACGAUAUGCACCUUCCGGCGACGUAUGAGAUCUGGGCUCCCCGGAAUUCCGUUACGGGCAACGUCGCCGCCGGAUCGGAGCGGCUGGGCUUCCGCGUCAUAGCGGAUUCCUGCAACGGAACGGCGGACUUCGCCGGGAAUACCGCGCACACGAGCCUGAUCGGGCUGUAUCUGCACCAGGGUUCGGACGGGAAAGUGGCGCGGACGUGUACGGCCGUCCGAAAGUUCCAGGCUUGGAGGAACUGGGACUUCGGCAUCCUGGCGCCCAACGUCGCGUCCGACGUCGAGAUUGCUGACGUCACCCUCUCGGACAACCGGCACGGCGUGACCGUCAACAAGCAGUCCUCCAUGCAGCAGGAGGGACACGUGUACAUCAGCGAUUCGCUGGUGGUCGGCGAAAGCGCGCGCACAAAGUGCGCGGACCCGCCGCACAGCAACCCGUCCGGGUCAUCGUACGCCGCAAGCGAUCCGAACAUCGGGAUCGUAGGCGUGACGUUUGCGCUGAGCUUCUCCAUAGGGCCGCCCAAGCCCUGGGACAUUCAACUGAUGUACACGACGGUCCGCGGCCGCGCGCUGCUUUCCAACGUGACCUUCGCCAACUUCCCCGGCGUCGACGCGUGUGGGCGCACCAGUACCGCCAUCUCUAACAACCGGCAGAUCCAGGACGCCUUCCCGCUGCACGACCUGCAGCGCAUCGCCUUCGACAACGUGCCACGUGGCGCGCAGCUGUAUUUUUACCGCCCAGACCCCGGUUGGCGCAACCCGUCCGACUGUGUCGACAUGGAUUGCGACGGCGCGCUACAUAUCAUGAUUAAAGAUUUGGACGGGAGCUUUAUGGGAGUGCCAGGUGGCAGCAUCGUGGGCCAUUACGACGCCCCACGGGCGCCGAUCCAGCAGGGGACGGCGGUCUAUAGUCCCCAGUGUGUGCUGAACACGGUAUGGGCGGGUUAUGAGUGCCAGCCGUUCAACCAGAGAAUGUUCGUCAUAGAGAGCCGUGACUCCGACACCGAGACCCGGCGCAUUGCCCCGGUUCUUCUGGGCAACUCGGGCGUGGUUGACGUCAUGACCGGGUGCGCUGACCACGGGUGGUGCUUUGGCUACACGUGUCAGAAGCGGUUGUCCACGUUCUGGACGUCCGUGGGGUCUGGCCGGACGUACGAACUCAACUUCACGGGCACCCCUCCCCGCAACCUCCGCCUCCACUUCCCCUACGUUCCGGCCACCGAGGAGCUCCUGGUUAAGAUUAACUACUUCGAACCGAACCGACUGUACGUAUACUUGGAAGGGACCGGGAGAAUCAACCCGGUCACUUCACCCCCGCAACUGGGAGUAAAUGCGGCGCACGGUUCGUACUACUGGGACCAGCCCAGUUCGAUCAUGUGGGUGCUGCUGAGGGGCGGAGGAGUCAGCCCGGAGAUUCGCACCGAGCCCGUUAUCAUGGUGUCUUCCACGCUGGCCAUGAACAUUGCGGACUUCUUUGAAAAUAACUUUGUGUCCAAUCUGGCGUUCGUCCUGGGGAUCGACACGACGCGCAUCAAGGUCGUCAGCAUCAAAGCGGGCUCCGUGCUCGUGGACUGGGAGAUUCACGACGACCCCGCGAACUUCAACCAAGCCCUCCCCGAGCCAAGCUUCGACCCGCUCAACUACGCCAACCCCAACGACACCUUCUACUUCACCAACGGUACCACGCCCGGCGCGCCGUCGCCAAACCCCCAAACCCCAGGCGCGCCCGCGGCCGCGGCCGGCGCGGGCAUGGCCGCGAUUCUGAGCGCGUUCCAGGCCGCGUCGACGAACGGGACCCUGCAGGCAGUACUGAAGGUGCCGAUUAAGUCAAAGGCGACUUACAGCGCUGCAGACGGCGUGUCUGCUGACGUCAAGACGCCGGUGCUGACGCCGGACGCGCCGCCGCCGGGCGCACCGGGGCCGGGCGCACCGGGUCCGCAGCCCCCUCCUCCGCCCCCUCCUCAGCCCACCAGCGCCCCGUCCCCCUUCACCUCCGUCGCCUCAGUCGUCGCCAACUCAAAACUGGCCGCCAUCAUCGGCGGGGUCGUCGGCGCCGCGGCCGCGUUCCUGCUCAUACUCGGGGUUUACGGGUUUUACCGCAUGUACACCGCGCGCCGCGUCGCGGUCGCGCCUCUGGAACCGCCAAACCCGCCGCCCGCCGACGGCGCGAGCGCGCAAGAGAAACCCGCCGAAGCGCAACCCGCCGUGAAGGGGUCCAGCGAUCCGGUUCCGGCACCGAAGCCGGCAGUUCCGCCGGAAUCCCCGCGGGGGAAGCUGACCCCGCGGGAAGAGCCCAAGCCUAGUUCGCCUAGGCCCGCCUCAGAGACACCCGUCAUCGGCGCCGCCACGUCCAGCCACGUGUCCGCUGACGUCACCCGUCCGGCGGCCGCGGUCGUCGCUGCGGCGGCCGCCCGGCCCAAGAAGAGCAGCGACACCAAAGCUGCUGACGUCACUGCGGCGUCAGGGAGGACGUCCCCAUAUCUCGCCCCCCUAGUUCGGCGCGGGGGAAAGCCGGCCCCAGAUCCGACGGAGCUCCUGGUCACCGUCCAGCAACAAAAACUCGAUUCUCCCCGGGGGGGCGAACAGACCCCAAAAUCGCCCCCCACAUUGGAGCCCGAGAGCAUUAGCUCGGCCCCCCUGGUGAGAGAGGUUCCAACCGGGACGCCUGCGAAACCCGGGUUAGCGCCAAAACCCACCUUCAAACAGUCGGACAAGUUCAGCGAGAAGCUGAGCGAGAUGGAUCGUACGAUUAGCCGGAAGAAGGAGGCGGAAGCGGAGUCCGGCGCAGCGCAGCGGAAGGGCGGAAGCGCGAAGGGCGUGCAGGAGGACCAGAUGUCGCAGUUGGUGCGCGGAAAGUUCCCUGAGGCGAAUCCGAGCUUCGUCCCAAGCCCCGACGUACCCUUCGACGAUGACGCCUUGGAAGAGACCGAGAAGAACAAACGGAAGCAGAAAAAGGUGCUCACAAGAACAGGGUCCGCUUUGUCGGAACUGGUUGAAGCCAAAUUCGCUGAGGAGCCUAGCGAAGCGAUCAUCACCGUGAAUAUGUAGACGCAAUGAGCGAUUCUGGAGGGACACCGUUGCAAGCAGGUUGGAGAAGCAGAUACGCAGUGAUGAAUUCGGUACUUCUUUAUUAACUUUAUUUUGAUGUGGCGGUCUAGACUGGCUUUUAUGUAGGAGGUGCAAGGACUCGGACCGGGGAUGCAGGUACUUGUUAGCUGUUGUCCCUUGCACUGCGGCAGGGACUCACAUGUAAGAGUAAGGUCCUCUGCACCGGUCAUGAUCAAGUUUGGAAAACCCGGAGCAGCCCCC